AUGAACAAAAGGAAAGCUUCAGUGGAUAGAAAUAUCAAGCAGAAAGCAUCGUCCAGACGGCCAAGCGCAACCAGUUUGCACGCGAAGCCGAAUACCGCGCAACAAAAGGUUUUAAAAACCGAGAAAUUACCAUCUACGCACAAUCUCGUCGAUUCGAGUGAUCCUUUAAAACUGAUCAAUAAAGCCGUGGACGUUUCUAUGCCGAAGACAAGGUUUAGCUCUCAAGACAGGUGCAAAGAGUCUAGGUCGUGUUCCUCGCCGAGACUCAAGUAUUUCCCUGCGGAGAAAAUUAAAAAGUUGGAAAGUCCUCCGCCUUUUUCUCCCAAACCAAUAGGUGCUUUGAUCGCACAGCAAGACCCUCGAGAAUGUGGAAUCGUGUACGUGGCUGGACAACCUGAGCAAUGUCGCGACACUGGCCAAGGUGACGCUACAGCGGUCACACAGCAUGUUCAUCAACAUCGACAGCCACAGGGCGUGCAAAGUGUGAGUCAGCAACAGGUUGUGCCUCAGCAGGCGAUCCAUCAGAUCGGUCAGAUGAAUCCGCACUCGGAGAGUACGCUGCCUCAACAAGUUUCAAACGCUCAAUCCCAUCGUCCUUUCGUGCCCUACGGUUCGCGAGAGUAUUCUCCACGGAAGAAUAUCCACGCGAUUUCCUCCAAUCUGCCUGAAGUUACAGCGACGCCGCAAUCAGGCAUACAGCAGGUUUCAAACGUUUUAGUUAUGAAUCAAGGAAAAAUAAAAAAUGAGGAUCAGACGAAUGCUAAUGAACUCGAUUACGAGAAACAACCGGUAGGAGGCCGAAAUGCAAUGGUUUACAGACGAGCAGUGCUGAGCAAAGAACAGCCUAACUUGCUGAAUCCUAUGGAUCCUGUUACGUUAAACUUACCUAACGUUGAUCAGCUGAAUGUUCAUAAUCAGUGUCCUUUGCGUAGUCCCGUUUUACCGCACACGAAUCUUCAGAAUCCUCAGCAGAUUUAUCAGCAGCUGCAGCAGAACAUGGUACAGCAGCAACAGAUGCAACAGAGGGCUAACAACUAUCAAACGCAGAUGAUGGGGAAUCAACAGCAAGUCGGAGGCCAAAUAGCUCCUGCGAAUUAUAAUCCUCAACAGCUUGGAAACUAUUUUCCUGGUCAAGGAAUGACUUCCCCUCAAGAUGUAGCGACGAGUCAGUUAAAAAAUUCAAGAAUGAUUGGAUCAAGCCAACCGAAUCACAGGAAUUUGGAUUGCGCGAUGAAUGUACAAAAUGGAUGGAACAACAAUAAUCAGAUGGCUGAACAUUCCAGCAUUAAGGCUCAGUUGAAAUCCUACAACGUUGACGUGAUAAAUGGUAACCAAACACUCGGUAGACUACAGAAUCAACAACAGCAAUUGAUGCCUCAAUAUCAGCAACAGCCUGUGCAACUGCAACAUUCUGUAUAUCAGCAACAUCCUAUGCAACAGUAUCAGCAGUUGUAUAGAAAUCCUGUACAGGGAAACGCGAUUAUACAAAGACAACAAAGUUUGAUGGCUUAUAAUCAGCCAGGAACUAAUCAGCAGAUGAAUCCCAAUCAACAAAUGGUUCCUACUCAGCAGUUCAAACCCCAGCAAUCCCAAGACAAUCAUUCAAAAGAACAAACUGGAAGGAAGAAGCCUUUGAAGUUCACUGUCGCUAUGAUUCGCGAUCAGGAAAAAUUGUUGGCCACUAUGAAGCAGCAAGGAGUACCCUUGGAGAUCAUGCAAAGGCAGUUCGAGAUGUUACUGAACGAGCAACGAAGGCUGUUAGAGUACGUGGAGGUUUUACACCAACAGGGAGAAUUUUCGGAAGGAACGAAGCUCGUAGUGAAGAAUCGCAAAAGAAAACAGGAAGAGGAAAAGCCUGAAUGGAUGAUUCAUUUGACGCCUCCGAGGUUAUCUUACCUGCAAAUUGAGAAAAUACAGGAGCAACGAAGAAGGGAGAAAGAAGCUCGGGAAAUGGAGAUGAUGCAACAACAGCAACAACAACAGCAGCAACAACAACAGCAGAUGAUAGGCCAAAUAUCUGGUCAGCAGGUUCCUGUUCAGGUUCCUGUUCAGGGUGCGAAUCAGCAGUACCAUCAGCACUGGCAACAGCAACAGGCUAAUUGGCAGCAGCAACAGAGGGCUUUACACAAUUACACGAAUAACAUGCAUUCCCAACUUUACACUGUUCCAGUAUCUGGCAAUGUGAACGAUCCGAUGAAAUCCAUGAAUUAUCAACAAAAUAUGCCACAGUGUCAGUAUGUUCACCAACAAUCUCAUCAGCAGUACUAUAAUCAACCUCAAUUGCAACAAUACCAGCAGCUUUAUCAGCCCGUUCUUCAAGAAAAUCAAGAACAAGUCCAAUCUUCCAAUCAGUCUACGGAGCCGUGUAGUUUGUUAAAAAUGCGCCAAUAUAAAAACGACAUUCGGCCACAGAGGCGAAACAACGGAUUGCAGGAUCCGGUAGCGGCGAAGGAGCAGCUGGAGAAUGAAGGAUUGCCAAUGGAAACCAGAAGAGGACUAGAAUAUCUGGCUAAUUUGGCUCCUAAGAAGAUGAAUAUAAUAAAGCUAAACGGAUUGCAAGAUCGCACCGAGGCAGAAACAGAGUUUCAGCGUCGUUUGAUCACGUCUAUUUUACCGCCACCUGCUAACAAAGUGUCUGCAAAUGGCUUGGCGAACUCGAGGAAUCUGAACAACCCUCCAUCUCAACGAUUACUAAACCCGAGGAAGAUAGAACAGGAAUAUUUGAAAGAAUAUCCCAGACAGAAAUUAAAUAUUCCAAAUAAUUACUACAGCGUGCAAGCUGAAAGAGAAAAUGGCACCGUAGCCACGGAUCAGCAACAAUUGAUCGUCCAAAAACAGUUAUCAGAUCAGAAUUCGAUGAGUCUCGUUCCUUACGCCGAGAGAAAUCUAAUGGUAAAUCGUGGAAACGUGAUGCCGUUUAAGUUCGAUGGAAAUUAUCCUCAGCACUAUCAACAGAUGCAACAGUAUUAUCAAAACACGAAGAAUUUAGGGAGGAACAAUGGGGAAGGCGAUGUCGGAUCGAGCCAGAGGAUAGAACAGAAUAAGGGAAGCUUCCAUCAUGCUGGUGGUGAUGCUAGUGGAAAUAUAAAUGGUUCGAUGAAUGGACACAUGGCGGAGGAUAAGAUGCUACCUGAAAAGGUGUAUUACAGCCAACCGGAUAUUCACGAAUCCAGGACAUUCGGGGGUGUGAGAUAUUUGGCGAGAAAGCAGGACUACUUACCUAAUCAGCAGAUCGUGGUACCAGAAACUCUGAUUGCAAACAGACACGUGCAACCCCCGAUGAUGUACUAGUAAUACGAACUUUUUGAGAUUCUUUUAUUUUUGUUUUAUAGUCCCGUUUUGUUUGAUAUAUGCUUUGUGAAUUUUUAGAAAAGUCUUUAUUGUAUUUGUGAUUUUGUAUAUGCGACCUUUUUAAUUAUUUUAUGCUGAACUAGGUCCUUUGAAAGAAACAGAUCGUUGAUCUAAUAAAUUUCAAGGGACGUGGUUUAGAUUUUUAUGAUU